AUGAAUAGAGUUUGUCAUUGCUGGCGGUGCGAGGCAGUCUGCACUCAGCUGUGUUCGCGAUGCAGAGUGGCGUAUUACUGCUCCAAGAAAUGUCAGAAACAAGACAAGUGGCGACAUCAACCCGACUGCGAUGCAGCAGCGCUGAAAAAGCAGUGUAUGGGAUGCGGUAGAACAGAUGAAGGCAUGUUAAAAUACUCUACUUGUCUUAGAUCAUGGUAUUGCGAUAGAGAUUGCCAUAGAAAGAACUGGAAAAGCCACAAGGAACAAUGUCAUGAAGUUGUAAUAAAAACAAUACAGGUGGCGAAGAGUAUAAAAAUGAACCGCAUAAAUGCUCGGCAGUUCCCUGGCAUGGAACGUACUUACUACUGGGGUAAUGUGCCUGCUGUGGACCUGCUUAACUUGCCGAUGAAUGAAGGGGAGGAGUAUUCGAACCCAUUGGCUUUGCUGCUAUGUGGAGUUGGUGAUCCAAGGAAUGUUCUACUUACGACUGCUUCGUUACCUGAUGUUUAUACACAGCAAGUCAGCUUCGUUUUAAACGAUAUCUGUCCUUGUACCCUGGCCAGAACCGUUCUACUUCUAUACAUGUUAUACAAAGGUGAGAUAAAAGACAUUCCUUAAAUAAAAUGUAGCCUUUUCGACUGGAAUAUUUUCGAAAAAGGAAAUCCCCGAAAUGCAACGUAUUUUUCUUUAAUCAUUCUGUGAAUGCCAGAAGACUAGCAAAUAACAUUGAAAGAUCUUGUUGCUUAAGAGUGGUUGUCAGAGAAAACCAGGCAAAAUGUUAAAAAUGUCAACGGAAGGGGGUCAACAGAAUAAGUUCAUAAUAACAUCAUAGAUAGGUCUGGUGGAGUAAUGGACAAAUAUACCAAACAUAGGUUCUUCACUGCUCUUGUAUUAGAGGUACGAGCAUCACUUUAUUCGACACCCUCGGACGCCAUUUUUAUAAGCAAAUUUUCACCAUUUUCUGAAACUCACAGAACCCUCAAAAUUUAACGAGCGAAGUUUAUUUUUUGUAUGCGAUACAACACAUCACAGAACUACUUUCUAAAACCAUAAGAUUUGUUAAGUAGCCACGGACAAGACUAAAAUUUUCCUAUUUUAUCUGACCUAAACUCAGCGUCUGCAAACGAGCAAAAAAUCGGGCAUGUUUGAAUUGAUCUACCGCGCACAACUAAUAUGGUCGGCCAUUUGUUUCAAAAUUAUGACACGAUGUACGUGCGGUUUUUUCCCACGUAUGCGUGCAAUCAUUCCUGCUACACGAUAUACGUGCGUUUUUUGUCACGUAUACUUGCGUUUUAUUUCCAAGUAUAUGACCAUUUUCUUACAAACGCGCAUAUAUAUGCGCUCAAAACAGCCCAUAUAUAUGCGUUACAAACAAGCAUGUGGUAUAUGGGGUCACAGAAAGUCGUCGUAUAACAGGCACCGAAUUAUACCGUCAGCAAAAAACCUCUUCAUGUACGAUAGAGCUGAAAAGUAACUUCAGUGUGAAUCAAGCAUGGCCGCAAUGGCCGCGUUAAUUUCGAGCAAGAUUUGGUUCUUAUUCAUUGCCCUCACAGUAGUGGUGGUUGUUGGCUCCCCGACAACGGAUUUGUUGGAAUCCGUCAAUUGUCUCUUGAGAAACCGUGUACGCUAUUUCACAAAUGCUGACCGAAACGACGAUCGAUUCAGUUAGAAAUUAGCGUCCGACAGGCAAAACACGACUCAUAAGCUCUUGAUAAUGUGAAACAUGACCUUGAGAGUCUGCUUGAACAGAUUGGUUUUUCUUCUUUUCUCUCUCGCGCGCGAAUUCUCACCUUUUCGCCUCCAUGAACACGUUCUAAGCCUCCUAGUCUCGAAGCUUCUUAUUAUUUCCCUGGUAGUCUCACUGAAUUUAAUCGCCUUCCACCUGCCUCUCUUUCCUUAGUGCUCCUCAACUUUAAUUGUGAUUUUCAUGGUCAUCUAACUCGUUCUCGUUCAACUUGCAUGAAAUGUUCCUCAGGUAUCCAUUUGCUAUUAGUUCUCAAGCCCCGACUACACCCAAUCGCAAAACGUUGUCAUAGCGAAAUGAAAAAAGGAAAAGCCAAAUAGCAAUUAGUUAGACAAAUAAGCCUGGUCAAUUGUUUUGCAGCACCCGCACAUGGACGCCGUAUUUACCUGUUGGAAUUUGCUAUUGUUUUGAAGCUGAAAAACGAUAAAAAAAUUCCAGCAGGGAAAUGCAGCGGCUGCAAAUGAAUCCACGCUGAGAAUGAGGAAUAAUUAGCCUGAUUAAUUCCUAUUUGGCUUUUUCUUUUUUUUAAUUUUUUUAAGACAAAGUUAUUGCAAUUAGGUGUAUUUGGAAGGAUACUUUAUUUAUAACUUCAGUUUGGCGUUUUUUUUUUUUGCAGCCAAUGGCAAAUCAGUAUUUUUGAUUAUAGCAGCUAGUUUCGCUCUCUGCACCAUAGUAGCAACCGACGAGGAACUGCAUUCUUGCAGAAUUCAUAACAUUUGCAUAGACACAGCAGUCAAUUCCUACGAAGGAACAACAAGACAUCGCGCUUUUGUUUAAAGACUCACUUCUGAUCUCAAAAAAAAAUUAAAUCGGACUGCAUCAGGCUAUCAGCGGUGAGAAUGAUCUUGACUCACGAAAAGCAUAAUUCUCCAUACUUGGCCAGUAGCUUUAGUGACCUGUCUUUAGUUUAAGCUACCGUGUACAACUCAAAUCUGAAGAUCUCAGUCACUAUCCGUGAAAACUCAAAAGCCUUGAAACACCACUUAUGAGCUGGGCCCAGCGUCUCGACGGGUAAGGGGUUGGACCUCGGGGCGGAGCCUCCCCGUAAAAAGGUUUAUUAAGUACCUCGCUGGGAUUUCGGGCGGAGCCUCCCCGUAUAGGCCAUCAUAGGGAGUAACCUCCCCCCGCGCAUAGCAGGAAAUAAUCACAUUCCCGUGCAAAGAAACUUACAUGCAUGCAUGUAGUUAUUCCGCAGAUCCAGGAUUUACGGAGAAAACCAUAGAAACUAAAAUCUUCAUUUAACCGUAAUACUAAAUUAAAGCUUUAGGCUUAAACAGAGGUCAAAGAAAAUUAAAACACUUUACAACUGCAUCUGAGGUCAACUCCUAACAGGAACACCUAAAGAACCAUAAACCACAGGAGAUGAUUACUCAGUAUGCAAGUAAUUCUCUGUAGUGCUAGUAACUUUAACUUUAUUAUUCCAUCGUUCACAUAGUACAAAACUCAGUAAAGCCAAAGCCGGGGGCUUAUACGACUUGUGGUCAAAAUGGCAGAAAUUAUUUUAUGUAGAAAUGAAGCAACUGCGGGAGGCUAAAUUUCAAAACUAAAACAAGAUACAAAACUUAAAUUAAGUAAUGCAAGCAGUCCUAUAGCAGAGGUAUAGAAGUGCUAGUGACAAAUAAACUAACAAUAAACUAUGAUAAUCCUGCGCUAAUUCAAUCCAGGCUUAAAAGGUAAAGUUUUAGUUUCUAUUUAAAGUCACUGGUGGUAACUGGCUGUUACGGACUCUGUGAAGGGUAUAUCAGUCGGAUAUCCUUGGCCAAAUAAUCGGGGCUUGAGAACUAAUAGCAAAUUGAUACCUGAGGAACAUUUUAUGCAAGUUGAACGAGAACGAGUUAGAUAACCAUGAAAAUCACAAUUAAAGUGGAGGAGCACUAAGGAAAGAGAGGCAGGUGGAAGGCGAUUAAAGUCAUUGAGAAUACCAGGGAAAUAAUAAAAAGCUUCGAGGCUAGGAGGCUUAGAACGUGUUCGUGGAGGCGAAAAGGUGAGAAUUCGCGCGCGAGAGAGAAAAGAAGAAAAACCAAUCUGUUCAAGCAGACUCUCAAGGUCAUGUUUCACAUUAUCAAGAGCUUAUGAGUCGUGUUUUGCCUGACGGACGCUAAUUUCUAACUGGAUCGAUCGUCGUUUCGGUCAGCAUUUGUGAAAUGCGUACACAGUUUCUCGAGAGACAAUCCACGGAUUCCAACAAAUCCAUUGUCGGGGAGCCAACAACCACCACUACUGUGAGGGCAAUGAAUAAGAACCAAAUCUUGCUCGAAAUUAACGCAGCCAUUGCGGCCAUGCUUGAUUCAAACUGAAGUUACUUUUCAGCUCCAUCGUAGAUGAAGAGGUUUUUUGCUGACGGUAUAAUUCGGUGCCUGUUAUACGACGACUUUCUGUGACCCCAUAUACCACAUGCUUGUUUGUAACGCAUAUAUAUGGGCUUUUUUGUGCGCAUAUAUAUGCGCGUUUGUAAGAAAAUGGUCAUAUACUUGGGAAUCAAACGCAAGUAUACGUGACAAAAAAACGCACGUACAUCGUGUAGCAGGAAUGAUUGCAAGUAUACGUGGGAAAAAACCGCACGUAUAUCGUGUCAUAAUUUUGAAACAAAUGGCCGACCAUAAACUAAAACGACAGAACAACUCUGACAUCCAAAUUACAGUCUACUAUCAUCCGUGUAACCAAAACACUGAUAAUCAUUUUGGGCCAUUGAAACAGGAAGAAAUUAGAAAACUCACACUUGUUAUAGUUUCCAAGCUUUUUCUUGCAAACAGGCCGAUCCCUUCGUGUUUGUUUUAAGGCGUCUUCGUGAAUUUUCUUUCAUAUUUCGCUGUAAGGUAUGUUCAGCAGCUGGAGGACAUAUCAAAAAGCUCGAAAUACUGCCUAAGUUACAUUUUGAAAGGGCAAAAAGUGCUGAACGAUAGGAUGAAACUAGAAAAUAACAAAGCGACGCCAUCUUGAAAAUUCAGCACUCAGGAGGGACUGACACUAGUAGCUGCGUUCGAUAUCUAACAUACGGACAAAAAUUGCCAAUUUUUCACGACUCCGUUGUCUCGCAAUUCCCAAAAGAGACUUGAGCACAUAGAAAACCAAACCUAAUAUAGAAAUGUAACCAGAAAGCCUCGGAUUCAUGUUAGAAUUUUUCUUUAUCGAACGUUGGCUACUACGAACUAUUACCAGAAGCCUAUUACCAAUAAGAUAAAAAACAAAAAACAAAAAACAAACAAACCAGCUUAUCAGCGACCUACUCCAGUCUUAUUUCUUCUUCAAUUACUUCUUUUAGUUGAAUUUAGCUUGUUUUUCUUUCAAAGGAAAAAACAAGAAGAACGCCUGAUCGCAGGUUAAUUGGUGAUUAACUGGCAUUGCUUUAUUCCCUCCUCAUUUCGAGGUGUCCCGUGAAUGUAGAUAAUAUUAAAGAUCUAUUUUGUCUCUUUAUGAAUCACUUAACUUCGCUCUCAUGCGAACUAGCUAGACUCGCUAUAUAUCAACCUCGAGAGUUUCUAAGCGCGCGGGCUAACUACGGGCAGUGGAUAUUGCUUGCUGUAAAAUUUGCAAUAAUUUUUUAAUUAUUACCAACUGUAAAAUAAACAGUUGAAUCAGCGGUGCGGAGCAGGCAUUUUAGGCCGCAAAGGGGCCAAGACAGCGGACGAAGUAAUUUCUGAAAGUGAGCCUUCUAACUGACGAUCUCAUCGCUGUCACUUCGCAUUUCCAUAAGGUAAUAGACUGUUGACAAGAGCUGUCAAAAUAAACCAUUCCUAGGGUUUACCAGAAUCUGGUAUACCGGAAGGAUCCGGAAGGAGCUUUUGUUAAAAAGUACCAUUAUAGGAGUUCCUACGGCUCUGACUCCGUACCCCUUCCCCUCAUUGUUUUUCCUGCUCACUCUCUUUUUCAGAAUGCUCUUUGCAUGGUCCAUACAAGAUGAACGCCACGGGUCCGGACGAGUUUUUUACCUGUGCAAUCCGUUUAGAGGGAACGUGCAAAUUUUCUCGCAGAUUGCAAUACUUUUUGCAGCUCAAAUACAUCACGGUUCCGCGGGUCGCACGUAAAGAAAAGGAGGAUCCAUGCAAGUUUUUUACAGUUCAAAAAUUUGUAAAAGGGGUCAUAGUGUUAACUCGAGUUGGUACCUUUUCCGGCAUAUUGAUCAUUGAUAGAAAUCGUACACCUGGAAGUUUACAGCCACUAGGUUCCUUUUUGUUUACUGGUGUAGUCGUGAAAGAAUUGACAUCUCCUACAUCUCUUCGUCACUGGAUUUGUCAAAAACACUCUCACUACGGUGUUUAACACAAGCAGAAACACGUUGACAGUCCUCACAUUUAGAGUAAUCGUCCAGGUCUUGUCUUAAAUUCAGAGGAGGCAAUGAUAACAGAAAUGGAGUUUAUUCAUCUGCUACGGAGGUAAUUUCCAACGCCAUUUCGUUUGUUAAUCCUUUCCACGGCGCAGUUGGAAAAAAUGCGCGAGCGAGUCACACGAGAUGGCACAAAAUGUGCUAAAAAUAGUACAUUUAAUGGCUAAUAUAUAUAUUUCGAUGAGGUCAACCCCAUCCCUGGAAAAGGUAUCCAGUUACGGUUUACUACCCCGAUGUAUAUAUAGAUGGCUCCUGUUAGAGUAUAAAAAAGUAAUUUUGUGCAAUUUGGCAGCGUAAUUAGAGUUGCUAGAUAACUCUGUCCGCCAUCAGGAGCCCUUAAACCACAAUUAAAACAAAAAAAAUGGAUGAGUAAAGACUAUACAUCAAUAUUAAUAUUAAUCUUGUAAAAAUUCUAGUAUGAGCCAUUAAAAUUGUUGAAUGACCUUCUUCACCUCAGACACUCGUGUCAGUCAAGUGUAAAUCGACGUCCGCCAUUUUGAAUUUUGUUCAAAAAGAACCUCUGACCUAGCAGCACAGCUGCAUCUUGCGCCCAUCAUCUGCCCCCAAGGGGAGAGGAUCUGGCUCCUUUUUCAUAGGAAAUUCAUAAAUUGUCUACUAAAACACUGUGCAAUAUGGAAGCAAGGCCAAUUUAAGCACUAAAAGCUGCUCAGAUAUCUCAGAAUUGGAAACGGGGGGGGGGGGGGGGGGGGGGGGAGGCUACUCAAUAAAGCUUUGUUCGGAGAGGCUUCUCCCCGAUGUCCAGUACCCUUAAAUAUACUAUUUUUGACAAAAGGUACCCCUUUCGUGUAUCUUCCAUUGAAAAGUUGUACCCUUUUCAUAUAUCUGCUUCGUGAGAAUAAGAAAGGAGGUCUUCCGCUCAUUUUCGAGUAACCUUAACAUGUAAAUGAUGUUGCCAUAAGGCGUGUUUCUUCGAAGCAUUUUAAUAAAAGGCCCUUUAGAAUACUUAAUGAAAGAUUUUUGUCUCCUUUCACGUACUUCAACUUGUGAUUUUCCUACCCUUUGUUACACCUGAUGCUUGAAAGAGGUACCCCUCGGGCGAAGCCUUCCGGACUAUGAAACUGUGCAUCAUAAAAUCAGGAACAGGAGAUGAGUGGACCUUCGGACAUGGACGGCGAUUGAAGACUGACGCAAAAAUAGAUGAUACAAUUAAGAGUCCAAAGAAACGCAAAGACUUAUAUGGGAUAACUCAAAAUGAAGUGAAUGAAGAGCAAAUGAAGACUGAAUAAAGUAAUGCCAGUUGGUCACCUGUUCACCACACCCCAUCACUCAGCCAAAAAAAAAAAAACGACAACACAAAACGACCUAAAUUUAACUAAAAGUAGUAACUGAAGAAGAAAUAGGACCGUAAUAGGUCGCUGAUAAGCCGGUUUGUUUGUUUUUGUUUUUUAUCUGUUUGGUAAUUCAUCACUUGUGGACAAGGCAGCUACUAGUGCCAGUCCCUCCUGAGUGGUGAAUUUUCGAGAUGGGGUUGCUUUGUUAUUUUCUAGUUUCAUCCUAUCGUUCAGCACUUUUUGCCCUUUCAAAAUGUAACCUAGGCAGUAUUUCGAGCUUUUUGAUAUGUUCUCCAGCUGCUGAACAUACUUUACAGCGAAAUAUGAAAGAAAAUUCACGAAGAGGACUUAAAACAAACACGAAGGGAUCGGCCUGUUUUCAAGAAAAAGCUUGGAAACUAUAACAAAUGUGAGUUUUCUAAUUUCUUCCUGUUUCAAUGGCCCAAAAUGAUUAUCAGUGUUUUGGUUACAUGGAUGAAAGUAGACUGCAAUUUGGCUAUCAGAGGUGUUCUGUCGUGUUAGUUGUGCGCUGUAGAUCAAUUCAAACAUGCCCGAUUUUUUGCUCGUUUGAAGACACUGAGCUUAGGUCAGAUAAAAUAAGAAAAUGUUAGUCUUCUCCGUGGCUACUUAACAAAUCUUAUGGUUUUAGAAAGUAGUUCUGUGAUGUGUUGUAUCGCAUACAAAAAAUAAACUUCGCUCGUUAAAUUUUGAGGGUUCUGUGAGUUUCAGAAAAUGGUGAAAAGAAUUUGCUUAUAAAAAUGGCGUCCGAGGGUGUCGAAUAAAGUGAUGCUCGUAUCUCUAAUACAAGAGCAGUGAAGAAACUAUGUUUGGUAUAUUUGUCCAUUACUCCACCAGACCUAUCUAUUUAUUCUGUUGACCCCCUUCCGAUGACAUUUUUUAACAUUUUGCCCGGUUUUCUCAGGCAACCACUCUUAAAAGAUAAACAAAUGACAGCUUUUGUCUGUUCUUGUCCACAUGUACGUUCACUACAUGUACACGGCAAGAGAUCAUUUCGGCUUGGUUUGUUGGCUUUUACAUUUCGUAACACGCGCUAUUACUCCACAGAACUUUUUUUUUUCAGUUAUCACCCUAUUCACUUGCAUGCAUGGAAAUGUAUAAUUUAUUAAAAUGAUAAUUUAAAAAAAAAACAUGAAUUGAAAUAAUGCGAUAAACACACCAAGAUAAAAAGGUCUAUAGUCGUUGAGUCGUUUUGUGGCUGAUUCUCCAAAUAAGUGCAAAAGGAAUUCGGAGCCUUAAACGUGACAAUCAGCUAGGAUUAGCCUUUUAGAUGAACAGACAUAAAGUCUCAAAUGAUCCCCUAGCUUUCACCGCAUUCAGAACUGGCUUUUUAAGCCCCUAGGUAGCCCCACCCCCUGGGAAUCAUUCUACCCUCCCAGAGGAUCACUGGAUGUUCUGAAGUCAUAUAAUGGGCCAAAUAUCACUCCUUAUCUGGACGGCCUCCAUCUUUAGAAAUUUUCACCUGUAAAUCAAAUUAAUUGGAGUCAAAAUCGUGACAUUAUAAGAACAGAUAAUAGCGAUGACAAAGUGUCAUCAUGCAAAACAAAAACAAAAAAAAAACACCAAAACAUUAACCUUUUUUCAAUGAGAUGAUAAUUGAAAAUUACCACCAACCCGGUCAAAUAUGAAAAACAAUAAUUGCGUUCAAUGCGGGCCAUAAACGAAAACGAUUUUGGAAGAACACUUCCCAGUGCCGAGAUAUACUGCUGCAAGUAAAAUAGGUAAUAGCGUCAUUUCAUUGCUAUGACAACUCCGAUGUCAUUGCAAACCUGAUCAUAACAAAUUGUCGUCUUUAUCUAAUACAACUGUGGUGGCCAUUUUUCCAAAUAUUUGUUUAUGGCGACGUAGUUUAUGCUCAAACUUGGGAGGUAUUGACCCUAAAAAACUGUAUCGAGCCACUUUAACGGACGUUUUUUACCACGUAAUGGUACCCCUGAGAACUGUUUCUGCCUAAUGAAGUCCUAUGUAGGUGCAUCCACGCGAAAAUGUAUGCAUAAAUUAUGGAGAGACAAAAGGCAAAUUCCCUGGAGAACAUCACGUGCUCUGAGUUGGGAAAACAAAACAUACAUGCUAUGAUGGUCUAUUGUUAAGAAAGUUUUUGCACAUUUGAAAACGUUUGAUUUCACAGAACGUAUAUAGGAUGAUAUAGAUCAAAACUGAAGCUUUGACAUGACUUUUCUUCCGCAAUGAAUAAGCAUGCAGUGUUCAAAACAGAGGCUAUCUGGAUCAGUUAUCAAGUACUCCGAUGCCUACGUUUUAUCAAAACUGUCUUAAAGAUGACUUCUUUUAAUGAACCGCAAGCGUUGAUUAGCUUUACUAUAAGACGGUCAUGACAAUGUGAUCGCUUUCUCUUCAUUACGCAGCCUUUGAAAAGCAAAGGAAAGACAAGUAAUAUGGACUAAACAGAGUCCAUCUCAGCAAAAGAACACUGGUUCCUCCGAGACUCUUGUUUCUACUUGCAUGGUUAUAUUAUAAUUAAAAUUGAAUAUUUUUCAUCUUGCAGCACAAAAUGACGGAAUUGGUACUGUAAUCCGGAUAUGGUAUUCGUUACGAAUUUCAGAAAGCGAUUUUUCACUGCUGAUGUCCGGUUUGCAGGACCUUUUGCACGCUAGUGAUUUAAACACUCUAACGAAUGGCUUCGUGAACAUGGUGUCAGUUGAUCAACUGGGUAAGCUGAAAGAGGUGUGGCAAGUUUGGGUCCAGUUGUCUUCUCUCACAGGACCCUGGGUAACUGAACAAAGGAAUGACGCCUUCCAUAGCGAUACUGGAUCAGAAGCUGGGAUUUUUAACUAUCUAAACUCGAUCCCAAAAGACCACAAAAGAUCUGCUAAGUUGUGGAUGAAAGAUGGGCUUUUUGCCUCAAAAUGCGUGAAAUCAUCGAAGUUAACGCGAGAGAACGUAACUCUAACAAGUUAUCUAUUCCAGUAUGAGCCUGGAGAACAAGACGACUACGACUUCAACAUAGAACCCAGCAAUCUUCCCUUUUCAAGCUGGGAUUACAAAGCCGUGACGAGUGUCUGCUACAAUGAUUCGCUUCCAGAGAUGUUCAGCACCUACUUAUCAUAUAUCAUGAACAAGUGCAUUGACAAACUGAGAAGCGGUCGGGUGAAGUUGGAGGUGAUACUAUGUGACUGCAUGAUGAUUGAUCCAUUCCUACCUGUCGACCUUACAUAUGACCGUAUUGCAACUUCCAAUCUAAGCGACUACAUUUCCCUUCCCGCCUUACUGACAAAAUUCAAGGGGUACUUGAAUAUCAGCAACAGUCAUUCAGUCUUAAUGACUGAAAUGCAUAAUUGGGUGGAUGACUAUUUGCCCCAAGUGAAAGCUGAUAUAUUUUUGAGGGCCCCUGAACUUACACCGAAAGUUGUGAAGGACACAAACAAUCCAUUGCUCGUGGCGACAGGGCACUUGACGAGCUUAAUUGAAUACCACAACAUUAUUCCAGACUUCCAACUCUACCUCCGUGCCGCUCUCAUGGAGUCAUACAGUGAAACAGAAUUGGAGUCUUUCAGUAAACAAAGGAAGAAGCUUCCAUCCAUAAAAACUAUCACUUCUGUUUUGGGCGUGGAGCUACGUGACUAUGUGAGAAAUGAAAACACUGUGUUUCCCUUCAAGUGGGCUGUGAACUGCCGUAGAGUCAACUUGAAUAGGGGAGAUGAAUUUACUUUAGAGUGGACCCUUCCCACGUCAUCUCAAUAG